GCAGGACGACGCCAGGGCCGACGUUUGGCUGAUGCGGAAGAAAUCCAUGAGUGGUUGGGGUAGGAUGAGCAAGGCUUCUGUGUCGACUGUGCGAUGACCAAGAAAAGCGGCGAUUGUGGGGAGCAAGGGGGAAGGCGACGUGGAGGCCGAGGUCGGGCAAAACUUCUGGUCAGUCGACCACAUGGUCACCCUCAUCAGGGCGAACUGGGACCAGGAUGCACAUCUGCAGGGGAUGGGCCACGCAUACGCUUGCGUGAAGCAGAGGGAAUGGAAAUGGGCGGAUGUUCAAGAGAGGCUGAAGAAGGUUGGUGUCGACGGGACAACAUACAAGUGCGGGAAGAAAUGGGACAACUUGAUGCAGCAGUUCAAGAAGGUGCACCUGUUCCAGGGGAGUCUGGGAAACAAGACUUCUUUAAAUUAACGGGGAAGGAGAGGUCUGCUCAUGGCUUCAAUUUCACCAUGGAUCGGGCUGUGUAUGAGGAGAUCAAGGGGUCAACCGAAAAGAGUCACACUAUACACCCCAAGAAUGUCGCCGACACAGGCGGUUCGGGUGGUGCGCAGCUGUUGUCCGGGUGUUCAGGCAGGCCUGGAUCUGUCGGCAACGGGGACCCGGGUACCGACGACAACGAAGAAGACGGCAACUCCACGAAAGGGUCUUCACCAACGAUGGGUAGCACUGGCGGUUUCGGCAAGAGGAAGAACGUGAGGCAGCAGACUUUCGAAGCUCUCACGGAGUGCGUGGAGAAGCACGGGACGCUAAUGGCGACGACGGUGGAGAGCGCUAGCAAGAGGCAAUGCUCGAUUCAAAUCCGGCAAUGCAAAGCCAUGGAAGCGGAGGUUGAGGUGCAGAGAAAGCACUACGCGGCGUCGGACGAUGUCAACAAGCUCAUGUGCCAAGCACUCUUGAAGAUAGUGAAGGCUAUACGAGAGAGACGUGCUCCUGUUGCUGAGGUCGUUUGGGUCCUGCGCAGAGUUGAUCUUGAUGAGGAAAGCACGUUCAGAAUGGUUGUCAG